AGGUUGCGCGGUUGCACGCACAGCUGAUAUGCCCCCAAACAAAGUUCCCAACAGUUGGCAACAGCUGAGGAGGAGCUCACCUUAAGAGUAGAUAGUAGAGAGUUGUUUACAACAAGGUGCACGUACCAGAAAUAACUGGUUUCAGUAGAAGGAAGACACAAAGACAGCUCCCUGGCAGACCUUCAAGCAAGGAGCCGCACGGAAGGUCACUCGGUCGCAGGGAGCGGCGAAAGAAGGGCGCAGUGGCAGUGCUCGCGGGUGUGUGAGUCUGUGGUCCUCUAAUUAAAGAGAUCUAUACUUAGGAUUUAAAGAGAAUACAGAACACACAUCACCAUGACUGAUAACAGGGUUUACCGAACCCGUACCUUAGGUAUCCCAGCUGUAGGCUUGAAAGAUCAGUAUGCAGAUGGCACAGCAGCCAAACUAUGGGAACUGUAUAUUGGAGACAAGAACAAGAGGACUGACAUUUACAGAGACUUCAUUGUGAGCAUGCUUAGAAAGAACAAUUGCAAGAAUGUUCUUGAUGUUGCUUGUGGUACUGGAGUGGACAGCAUCAUGUUGCUGGAAAACGGUUUCAAAGUAACCAGUGUGGACCUGUCAGACAAGAUGCUGAAGUAUGCAUUGAAAACCCGUUGGAAGAGACGCAAGGAGCCAGCCUUUGAUGACUGGGUUAUUGAAGAGGCAAAUUGGUUAACCCUUAUUGAUGACAUUGAAGGCACUGGUACAUUUGAUGCUGUGGUCUGCCUUGGAAAUUCCUUUGCUCAUCUUCCAGAUAUGACAGGAGAUCAGUCUGAGCAUAAGCAAGCCAUAAGCAACUUUGCACAGAUGGUGAAACCAGGGGGAAUACUUGUCAUUGAUCAUCGCAACUACGACCACAUUAUUGACACUGGCUCAGCACCAACACACAAUAUAUAUUAUAAUAGUGAACAUGUCCAGGAUAUCAAAACAUCAGUUCUGUAUGUGAAUGGGAAGGCCUCACUUGUCACGUUGGACUAUGUGAUGGAUGUUGGUGAUGCUAAGAGGUGCGAAACAGAUUCGGAGAUUGCCAAGAAAGGCAGAUUAGAAGGACAAACAAGGAGUAAUUUCCGCUUGUCCUACUACCCUCACCGUGUUGCACGGUUUGGGGAAAUUCUUAUGGAAGGUUUUGGCACAGGAGCAAAACACCAAGUCUAUGGAGAUUUCAAGCCAAUUGGAGAAAUUGAAGACCCAGCUUUCUACAUUCAUAUAAUUUCUAAAAAAUCAUAAUGUACAGAUCAGUGGUGUCCCCUGUCCCUGUUGAAAUAACUGUGAAUAUGCUCAGGGGACAGCAAAGGCAAUCAUUCCCUGUUACAUUGGCUGUGGGUGUAAAUGUUGAGUACUCUUAUGGCUAUGGAUUUAAUACUUGUAAAGUGCUUUAUUAAUUGGUAAAUUUUCCAUCAUACAGAUGUAUGACCUAGUCACAAAUUGAAUGCUUAUUUUGGUUGUUAUUCAGAUUAAUGAAAUAGGUGUGAUAAAAGUGAGAUCACAAUUCUCUUUACAAGGAACAGGAGUAGAGUAUAUUCCCUUAGUUGCUGCCUUCUCUACAAUAUUGUGCCCUAUUGUGUUACCUGGUUUACUUUUUAAUGUCCUUGUACAUGAAUAAUAAUCAUGAGGUACUUUGCAUGUUAAAGACUUUAGUGUGGAACUUGUUAGGAGUAUUCUAUGUAACACAAGGCAUCAAAUAUAAAGAGAGCAUAAACUUAUUGCAUUUUGCAAUGACACAUUUUGUGGUGUGCAUUUCUGUGUCAUAGUGAACAUUUGACCAUGACAUUGUCUUAGCAGUCAGCAUGCCUAUAUAAUAGUGCUAAGUUGAAUCAGUAUCCUAUUCUCUGUUAUAUUAAUGGGAGUCUAGGAACCCAAGUGCCUCAGUUGUGUUAGGAAUCUUACUGGGAGUUUUUCAUAAUAGGGAUGGAAGGUAUAGUAUCUUUAUUUUUGAGUAGUUUUUGUGGUAACAUCAUUACUAUUUUUAUCUUCCUCAUAUUUUUGGUUAAAAGAUCCUUGGCAUUAUUAAUUAAUAUUUGCUUCAUGGCACUUCUACUUGAGGUAAAUGUAAUACCAUGCAACUUUCAUGCCCUAAAUUUUGAGAUGUGCAAAUGCCCAUUAACAUAUUUCCCUCUGAUUUAGAAAUGGUACUUCAAUUUAUGAGUAGUUAUCAGUUCAAGGUUUAUUUUCAAUAUAUUGUAAAACAGCAAUUUAUUGGCAAGAGACUGUGGCACACUUGAUCUCUCUAAGUGAAGAUUUAGUCUUUUGUUAUUGCUGGCCUGGGAACCAGUGUAGAGAGACCACUAUAAUGGCAUCGUUUUCUUGGUGUCUCCAUUAUUCUUCAAGGCUUGAAGUUAAUGAUCCAGAUUUUACUGGAUAUUAUCUAUAUGUGUUUCAUAAUCAUGUACAGUGAUUGGGAGUGGGUUAUGUGUGUGAAGCUUUUUUUUCCUCCCCAAGGUUAGAAGUAUUAACCUUUUCUUUUAUUAUCUUUUUAACUGUUCAGUAAAUGAACUCCUAAGAAUUUAUGCUAUCUUCAUAGUUUAUCUGAAUAUAUGUUUUAUAUUAUCUGUUUGUGAGGUGGCAAAGGCUGUAUUGUCAUGCAGAACUUUUUAUUUUUUAUCCAUAUAAUGGUCAACAUUCCAUGAUUUUGUAGGGUUCUAUAUGCAAAAUAAAAUUAUAUACAAAA